GCCGCAACGGAGAAGAAGAGAGGAAUCCACGGCUCGCCCGUGAUCAUCCGACGGCCGACCUCCACCAGCGCCCGCUGGCGACGCAUCGCAGCCGCCCAGGAUGGGGAGCCCACAGCGAAAUAUUACGAGUCGCGAGUCGCGACUCGCACGGCCCGCGCCGCGCGCGGGGUGUCGGUCAAGGUGCCCCCACGCCCCCGCGGUUGGCGCCGCCGCCGCCGCCGCCCACCGCCGCCCGCGUGCACCCACCGCCACCUGUUGCCGCCUAAGGGGAACGCCUCCGUUAUAACCCACCGCACCAUGCCGUCCUCCACCGCCUCACCAUCCACGCCAGGGCCACCCCCGCCAUGGCCUCCCCUUCCCCUUCUCCCCCCGCCCCCGCCUCCGGCCGCCGCGUGCCGCCCCCGUGCUGGACUCCCGACGAGACCCUCGCCGUCGCUCGGGCCUACACGGCGCGCCGCCUCGCCGUCGGCCGGGAGCACCUGACCUCCGCCGACUGGGCCGCCGUGGCCGCGGCCGCCCCGUCCAAGACCGCCAGACAGUGCCGCCACAAGGUCGAGAAGCUCCGCCGCCGCCUCCGAUCCAGCCGCCGCCGCCCCUGCCCGCUUCUCGACGCCAUCGAUCUCCUCGACGGCCCUUCCCCGCCCUUCUUCUCCAAGUCGCAGUCCCGGUCCCCGUCCCUGUCCCCAUCGCCACCGCCGGCAGUUUCUCCGCCGUCUCCCCCUUCCCCUCCCGCCUCCCCGCCCAGGAAGAGGAGGCGGGACGAUGCCGGCGACGAGGAUGGACUGAGUGACGUGGUGGGAGCGCUGAGGGCCAUCGGAGAGGGGUUUCUGCGGGCGGAGGAGAGGAGGAUGGAGGCCGCCAGGGAGACGCAGAGGAUGCGGAUGGAGAUGGCGAUUCGGCACCUUGAUGCGCAGCGGAGGCUCAUGGACGCGUUCGUGGGUCGCAUCGUCGACGCCUUGGAGUAAAGUGGUGGCGCAAAGGUGUCUCCUCUCAAGUUUUCUUCCUUGUCCUCGUUUCGUAAUGGCUCGUGUUUAGGAGUUUCUUAGAGCUGUUCAUAUGUAGUAGCUGUGAUGGAUCUGUGAUGUAGUUGAAGUGGACAAAUCUUAGUGCUUUGCAGUCUUGUAUUUGCUGAAAGGGGCGUUUCUUAUGGAAGAAGAAAUUAUCUUCCCAUUUUCAUGUCAAUUUUGCUUGAAUUUGUUAACUUUUAUGUUCUGAAAAAAGUAACAUAUACUAUGAUAAAAUAACAGCUCUAGAACAUUGAAUGUUGAUGACAAUUGUGUUUGGGGCUA